CGGGGAGUAGUGGGGCGGCUCGUAGUUCGUAACAACGUAUCAUGUGAGAAGGCAUCUGCACGGGCAGUCGCGGUCUGCCCUGCGUCGCAGAAGCCACUCCGGAGGACCCCACCAGCUACCAGCCCAGGACAACAGAUGGGACCAAGCCAGAUGCAGGCGGUGGUAGCCGUGCUGUUGCUCCUGCUGAGCUUGCCGGAGGCACCACGUGCGGCGCACGUGCUGGUGGUCUUCCCUGUGGGCGCACCCAGCCACUGGAACCUGGGGCGAGCCAUAGCCAGGGGUCUGCACGCCAAAGGGCACCGCAUCACCGCCGUCACGCCCUUCUCUGGACAGGGGCCGCCCAACAACUGGACCGACGUCCCCUUACCCAACACCAUAAACUUCUUUGGCCACACAUCGGGCUUAUUUGAUUUCGGCAAGAUAAACAAUUUUCGUAAGUUCCUCAUACUGGCCAACUACGGAAUAGACUCAUGUGAGGCCUACUUUCAAGAUGAAAACUUUAAGCGGCUGCUCAACUCUGGUGAAAAGUUCGACGUAAUGAUCAUGGAAGAAUUCGUCUGCGAUUGCCUCCUGGUGUUGGCAUACAAAUUCAGUAUUCCCGUCAUACGAUUCGCCACGUUUUCGCCGAGUUCCUGGCAAGGCGACAUUGUCGGGAAUCCAAGCUCUUACUCUUAUGUGCCUGAUACGUUUCUUACUUACACCGAUCGCAUGAGUUUCUUCCAGAGGCUGCAUAACACCGUGUAUGGACUGUUCUGCAAGUUGGUCCGCGAGAUGUACAUGAUUCCCAUGCAGGAAGCACUGAUAGAGAAGUACUUGUUCGACCUGAAGAAGACGAGUCUGUCCGAACUGGAUAGGAAGACUUCCAUGUUGCUCACCAACAGCCACUAUAGUUUGUUCUACCCGAGACCGCUAGUACCGGCCAUGGUCGAAGUUGGGGGUAUGCACGUCAGUCCACCGAAAAAGCUGUCACAGGACCUGCAGGAAUUUCUCGACGGUGCGAAAGACGGAGCAAUACUCUUCAGCAUGGGAUCGAACCUGAAAAGUGCUGAUCUUCCUGAAGACAAGAGACUGGCUAUUGUGGAGGCAUUCUCGAAGCUCAAGCAACGUGUUCUCUUCAAAUGGGAGGCAGAAACGUUCCCAGGAAAACCGGAUAACCUGAAACUUGGGAAGUGGCUGCCUCAGUCUGACAUACUGGCGCACAAUAACAUAAAACUUUUCAUAACUCACGGCGGUCUGCUAAGUACGCUCGAAGCUGUGUAUCAUGGGGUACCAGUCAUCGGAAUUCCUGUAUUUGGUGAUCAAGAACUCAACAUGCUUCAAGCGGAGGCCAAGGGAUAUGGGCUAAGACUUCACUUCAACAAUAUCACGUCACACACAUUGUUCUCGACAGUCACGGAGGUGCUCAAUAAUCCUCGUUACAUGAAGAGGGCCCAGGAGCUGUCGCGGCUGUUCCACGACAGACCCCGCACGCCUCUGGAGGAGGUAGUUUACUGGACGGAGUACGUGGUGCGCCACAAGGGCGCGCCGCAUAUGAGGUCGGCGGCUCUGGACCUGGCAUGGUACCAGCUGUGGCUGCUAGAUGUCGUCGGCGCUGUGAUAGCCGCCGCUGCACUGGCGCUAUGGAUUCUCGUGGUCGUGCUCAGAACUCUGUACAGGUUGUUCGGCCGCAGUGCGUCCAACACAACAGCUGCAAAAAAGCAAGCGUAACACCUAUAUCCUGUCUUGUACCUGUACAAAUGUGUAUUACUGGUGAAUCUACGAAUAUUUUACCACGUAGUUUUUACUUGUAGUGCAUUGAAUGUUUUUUAUUUAUUUUA